CUUCCACUCGCAGAAUUUAAUGCAGACUAACUCCUCUGCUGAGAGAUGAGUCUGUGAAGAAAAUAAAAAAAUAAAACAAAGUAUUAAAUGCAGCAGCUGAAGCCCUCACCCACCCUUUACCCUUCCCAAAUGGAGAAUCUCUUUUCUCUUCUUCUUCUUCCUUUUUCUCUUCUUCUUCUUUUUCUUCCUUCUCUUUCUCCAUGUCCCCUUCAAUUCCCUCUCCUCACUUCACCCACCUUGGCCUUGGCUACUCCAUCGCCAUAGCCCUCGCUUUUCUCUUUCUCCUCUCCACCCUCCUCCUCUCCUCCUACCUCUGCUGCCGCGCCACCCGACACCGUACCCAAACAACCGCCGUCGUCACCGCCGCCGCCAAUCCAUCCGACGGCGUUGUCCUGCCACGUGUCAUCUUCGUGGCGGAGGACGACAACGAGGAGGAGGAGGCCAGCGUUGCGCUGGGGCUCGACCAGAGCGUGAUUAAUUCCUACCCCAGGUUCCAGUUCGACAGGGACAACGCGCGGAAUAGUAACGGGAAUAACAACACGUGCUCCAUAUGUUUGUGCGAGUACAAGGAUUCGGAGAUGCUGAGGAUGAUGCCCGAGUGCCGUCAUUUCUUCCACCUCUGCUGCCUCGAUUCCUGGCUCAGACUCAGAGGCACCUGCCCCGUUUGCCGCAACUCCCCGCUCCCGACGCCGCUCUCCACGCCGCUGCAGGAGGUGGUGCCGCUCUCUCAGUACGCCGCCGAUAGAAGGCGAAGUAGGUGAUUUUUUUUUUUUACUUUUUGGAUUAAUUUGUGAUGUAGUUUUUGCCUUUGGGAGGAGAUUUUGAAGUUUUGAUUUUUAUUUUAUUUUUAGAGGUGGGGUGGGGGAAAUGGAGGGUUCUUAUUUUAUUUUAUUUUUCUUUUUUGAUUUAGGUUUGAUGCGAGGGGAAUGGGGAAAAUUCUUAGGGCUAGUUGGGGUGGGGUGUUCCGUUUCUUCUCUUUUACAUAGAUAAUAUUAAUUCAAGUAAAUGUUUUUCUUUAUAAA